GCGCUGAUCAAGUCAUGACGUCAUUCAAGAAAAUCAAGGAAUCCCAAGAUUAUCUUUCACCUCCUCCACUGGCGUUCAUUUCGUUGACUGACAGCCCGUGAUGCAUGUUCACUUCUCUUGCUAGCACCGGAAUGUUGAGUGAUAGAUCUAAAUGCAACAACAGCGCCUGUUAGCCACGAGAUAAGACGAGGGCCAUGGUCGAUACGGAAAAUGCCCGAGGGUUAGAGUGACCUGACGGUAGUGGAGAGGUGUCUGGCUACAUUGAUCUCACCCUAGAUAAGCCCCGUGGAUCCUUUGUCAGAUGGAAUGACAUGAAUCAUCAGAAUCACUGACUAAACACGAUGAUUAAAUUUCUCUACAUUAUUAAUAAGCAGGGGGUGCUUAGGCUUUCCAGGUAUUUCCAACACAUAUGCUUAAGAGAGAGGAAUCAGUUGCAAGCCAGUAUCAUUAAGAGUGUCAUGGAAAGAUCUGAAAAACAGUGCAACUUUUUUGAGCUGAAGGACCUGACAAUAGUGUACAGGAAGUAUGUGAGCCUGUAUAUGAUAUCUGCUGUAACACCAGAUGAGAAUGAGCUGGCAGUGUUGGAACUGAUGCAGAAUAUCUUGGAAACUCUGGACCAGUAUUUUCAGAAAGUUACCGAGGUAGAUAUUGUGUCAAAUACAGAACGCGUACACAUGGUGCUGGAUGAAAUGAUUGUCAGUGGGUAUGUUGGAGAGACAAGCAAAGUGAGAGCUCUUGUACCAUUGCAGUUACUGGACGCAUCCAAGAAGUGACCACAUCUUCCUCUUCAGUUACUGGACACAUUCAAGAAUUUAAGUUAUUCCAAGCAUGGGCUUAUGUGCAAUACAUUCACUUGCAAAUGUCAGGCAAGGAGAAAGUUGGCACCUGUGGCACACCUUCACAAUUGCUGGAACUAUUGUUCACAAAUGACCAGCUGGUUGAUGGAGUAUAAACCAGUGAUGAAAAUGUUGCUUUUUUAGAUUCUAAUUUGUUAACAUUAACAGGGAAAGAUUCAAUCUCAUUAAAAUCAGACCUUAGUUCUCACUACCGCUAAACAAAGAUCUGAAGACAUCCCAUUAGGGGCCACGUCAGAACGACCUU